AUGCUGGAGUUCUGCAGGCAGCACAACGCGCUGCCGGGCACCAUCACGUACGAGCAACUGGACGUGGUUCAGCCCGACCUGGAGAACUCCGCCGUGUGGCAGUACGCGCCCUUCGGCAAGGUGUUCUGUCUGCUGCUGCUGCAUUGGGUGCCCGACAACAGGCGCGCUGUCCAGAACAUUCACAAGCUGUUGGUGCCUGGAGGAGAGGCUGUCUUCAGCAUAAUAGCUAACAUGGUGUUUUACACAGCGUUUGAAGAAAUGGCGAAAGACUCGCGUUGGGCGCGGUACAUGCAGGACGUGGAGGAGUUCGUUUCUCCGUACCAGCACAGUGAGGACCCAGUGAGCGACUUCCGCCAGCUGCUGCAGAGCGUGGGCUACCAGGUGCUGCACUGCGACGUAGCGCCGCAGGUGCUCUUCUUCCCGAGUGAGAUGCAGCGCAGAGUCGUCGUCAUCGUGCCUAAUCGAGGACCCUGA